UAAAUUAUGCAACUAAAAAUAUAAAUAAAUUAGGAGGAAAUUAUUAUUUAACAAAAAGUCUAUCCAGAGCGAUAAAAUAAAUAAAAUAUUUAUAGCACGUGUGGCCUUUUGCUUCUAAAUAGGCCUAAAAAAUCAUAAGUAGUAAAUUUUAUAGAUGGCAUAGAAGCACUGCAAAAAAAAAAUAAUAACUCGAAAAGUUUCAAUUAAUGUGAACGAAAUAAUAUUUCCAAGAUAUCCUGAUGUUACAGUUUCAAACGAGAUUUACGACUACAGCUACUUCCCCUAUAAUAAAUUUUCAAUUCCAUUUCAUUCACCUGCUUUACAAUACAUAUAUUUUUGCCUAAAUCUAACUUCACUGAACUAGUACAAUACAUAUUUCGAAGUUCCUCACAAAGUAGAAGAAUCCACGAUGCGAUUGCAAACCUGUGCACUUAUUUUAUGCACAGUGAUAGUAAGCAUAAGCUGUAACAAAAACCACAUUGAGAUUGAAGAACUAAACAACUUCAGCAAAAGUAGUGAGGAUGAGUUAUUGAAUCGUCAAGCAAACAACAAUGAUGAGAUCGCUUUCAAUAAGAGUGAAAUUCAUAAUUUAAACCACAACAACAAGCUAUUAGACAGUGUUGUCAUUAUAAACAAUAGCUCUGAUUUCGAAUCCUUGUUCGCCACCAGCGAGAGUAAUAAUAUAAAGAGCAGCGAUCCCAAAGAACUGGCACCGGCGAGUUCGUACAGAAAACUGCCUCGCCAUCAGCGAGCAAUUGCCGCAGUUGCUGAGAAGAAGGGCUUACUAAAGAACGGAGGUGGUGAGCGUAUCUUGCGACGUGGAAAGCGUUAUCUGCAGUUUGCCAAGGGUUCUCGUGUUUCGUGGCGUACAGCAGGCAAAAACAAUAUUUUGAAUAUCAACACCCUUUGGGCUUAUGGUUAUGGAUUUCGUGUUAAUUUUCCCUUCCCCGGUCCUGAUGAGUCACGUCGUCCAUUCUUUAAGCGCAAUGUGUUACAUUCCUUGGAAGAUGUGCUCAAUGGGCAUGGCUUGGAUGGACGCGCUUGCGUUUUGAAGUCUUAUUGUACCGCAGCUUUGGACGUGGAUUCAAGUAUCAGCGGCGGCAUGCUUUUUAAAAUGCUGAAACUGAUUUUCACCUUGCAUGAGCAUGACAAACGCCACUUCUCCUACCUACGACUGGAAAAUUGUAAACAAAUAUUACACAGCCAUUGUCCGUUGAGUUUCGACAGCAUAUCACCGUAUACCGAUGACGUUUGAGAGAGCACGUGUGAAUUGAAAUAUUGAAAUAAAUUGUGAGCAAAAAUGUUUGAUUAUGUGUAAAUAAAAGUGGUAAUAAAUUUGUAAUUUUUUGCAA